AUGCUAUCGACUCUCGCUUUCUUUCUUACCCUCCUCAACCUGUCUUUCUUUGCUCUCGCAGAGUUUGUACCGGCAUCAGAGGCCCUUUCAGACUACACCAAUAUCACUUUAGCCCCCGGCAUCUUCAGGAGGCAGCUUGGCACUUCCGACGACCAUAGCUGCACCAAGGACAGGGCGUGCCUCAACGGCGCUUGCUGUGGUGCGAGCGGGUGGUGCGGUUACGGUGACGUGUAUUGCGGUGAUGGUUGUACGUCCAAUUGCGAUGCUACAGCUGAGUGCGGCAAAGACUCGGCCAGCGGCGCGGCUACCUGCCCCUUGAACGUCUGCUGCAGCGAGUUUGGCUUCUGCGGAACAACCCCUGAUUUCUGCGACAAUAGGUGUCAGUCCAACUGCGGCACCCCGAAAGACCCAGGGGGCGGCGGAGACGCUCGUGACCGUGUCGUUGGUUACUAUGAAUCAUGGCGAGCUCACCUCGACAGCUGCGGUGUCAUGACGCCAGCUCAGAUUCCGGUUGACCAGUUGGAUAUUCUCAACUUUGCCUUUGCCUACAUCGACACCGAUCUCAACAUUGUGCCAAUGGCCAAUGACGCCUCGUUGGACGAUCCAUGGGAAAUAUUCCAUGAAGUCACCAAUGUCAAGUUUCGGAACCCAAAGUUGCAGGUCUGGCUGUCAAUUGGCGGCUGGGACUUUUUUGAUGAUGGAACCGACACUCAGCCAAUCUUUGGCAAUAUUGCUGGGAGUGCCGACUUGCGUUCCGAGUUUGCAAAUCGUCUCGUGCGAUUCAUGUCCCAGUACGGCUUCGACGGUGUCGACAUAGACUGGGAGUAUCCCGGCGCACCUGACCGAGGAGGUCAUUCAGCUGACGUUAGAAACUUUCCUUUGAUGCUUCAGGCUAUUCGUGAAGAGUUCGACAGCUCCGGUCACGGCACCUGGGGUAUCUCUUUCACGGCACCCAGCUCGUACUGGUAUCUCCGCUGGUUCGACCUGCCCGGACUAGUCCAAUACUCCAACUUCAUCAACCUCAUGUCUUACGACUUGCACGGCACGUGGGACCAGAACAAUGAGAUCGGCAAUAAAAUGUACGCGCACACCAACCUGACCGAGGUCGAGCUGGCUCUGCAACUGUUCUGGCGCGCCGGCAUUGACCCGGUCCUCAUUAACCUCGGAAUUGGCUUCUAUGGUCGCUCUUACACCGUCGCAGAUCCAAUCUGUAACAUCAUCGGCUGCGCCUUUAAGACGGGUGACCUCCUGUCGAGCGGCGGCGCUGCUGGGCCAUGCACCAAGACGCAGGGCAUUCUUUCGUACAAGGAGAUCAACGACAUAAUUGCGGACAACAAGGACUCGGCCUUGGUCCGCUAUGACGAGACUGCCGCCGUCAAGAUGCUGAUUUAUGACCAGGGCUUGAGCUGGGUCUCGUACGAUGAUAAGACAACAUACCAGCAAAAAGUAGAAUUUGCCAACGCGCGCGGCCUAGGCGGUCUCAUGAUCUGGGCAAUUGACCAGGAUGAUGAGCGCUACACGGCCUUGGAGUCGUUACUCGGCAAGGAUAUCGAUCCAGGGGUUGAUCUGAGCCCUACCGUGGAUUCGGAUCAGUUCGAAUUGAGCUCGUGCAUGUACACCAACUGCGGAGAUGUCUGUCCGGACGGGACGAAGCAAAUGACCUGGAUUGACCAGGACGGCGACGGAAACUCUUGCAGAGGGAUAGAGCGCUGGUUCGGCUUCUAUCAGCCACAACGACGGUUCUGCUGUCCGCCAUGGGGCGCUCCGGACCCGGCUACUUGCCAUUGGAGUGAUGGCUGUUUUAGUCAAUGUGACGUUGGUGAGAUCACCAUGGCCCUCGACGACGAGGGCGAUCAGAACGGCAAUAUAUGCCUACUUGGAAAGCGUGCCUAUUGCUGCCCUUCAGACUCGGCCCCUACUGCUCCCCAGUGCAAGCAGAUAAGUUCUUGGAGCGGGAAGUGCACCAGUGACCUGCCACAGAAGGUGGGCGCAAUCUCAGGCGUGUUAGUUGACAUCCCUGUGUGCUGUUCUGCGGACGUCAAGUACAGCAACUGCAAGUGGUACGGCAAAGGGAUCCUUGGGACCUGUGCGAACUCACAAUGCCCUGUAGGAAAAGUUGAGGUCUACACCAGCAGAAUGGACGACAAGGCCGACUUUUGCUUCUUCAGCACCACUCAUUCGCUCUGCUGCGACCCAGGAGAGGGGUAUGGGUCGGGCAUCUUAACCGUUGAACUAGAUCGCCUUUUCCCAGAGUCAGAUGAGUUCACUGCCGAUGAUGUCCCCAAUUUCUCCGAGGCAUUCUACCAGAAUAAGGCUGUUCUCCCUCAGCCACUCUAUUCGGGUGAUACCAAUAAUCCCAACACUUCGCCCUUUGCUUGGGUCAUCAUGGUGGGGUGCCCAGAUGAUGUGCAAUCCCUGGACAAGCGUGAUGGCUCACAUCUUGACGUUUUUGACUGUCCUGACACCCAUCCUGAUGACUUUAGCGUACAGUCUCUGCGCGCUGUGUGCACAGAGGAGUCUCCAGACAACAACUGCCAAGACAUUCUUCUUGGCGGCGCUGAGAACACGGUCCUGCGCCUUCCGCCCGAUUGUGGUCCUGAUGUUUAUGUCAGGGUCGUGUCGUUUUCUCGACUGGAGAACGCAACAGCACCCGCCCACCUUACCAGACGUCUUGUAAAUAAUCCCAAGGUCUAUGAGAUCAGGUAUGACUAUGACUUUGGUAAGGUUAGGGAGAAGAAAGAGAGACAGAAGCGGGGCCUGAAGACUCGUGCUGACGGCUGCGGCGACAUCUACUUCCGCGUUGACUCUUCCGACCAACAGAAUUACUGGCACGAGAUCGUCCAGUCGAGCCCCCAGGGCAAGGUCAGGAAGCGGUCGCCGCAAGAUUGGCGCCAAUUCCACCUGGACUGGUUUGAACAGCAUGGCUUCAUGAACAACACGGUCCAUGAGGACAGAGUGGGCAAGCGAGGAUACGGCGACGACAGUUGGUGGAAGAACCUGUUCAACAAGCUCGCCAAUCAACAACUAAACCAACCAUACGAGGGCAGCACCAGAUACGGUAUAUACAGGUACUACCCCUUUUCCCAGAUGCUGUACAAUGCCCGUCGAUCCUGUCCUCCCAACGUCGAUGCCAGUAUUGAAGCCAAGGUCGAGGGCAGUUUCGAGGCCAACCUAGGCUUCGGGUUGUCACUUGUCGGUACCCUGACCAACUUCAACCUCGAUGAUGCCUACGCCUACUUCGUCUUGGACAACGCCAACGCCUUCACAAAGGUCUCCAUCACUGGACAGGCCGCUUUCACCAUAUCUUCGGGCGAAAUACCCUUGCUCGAGAACUUUGCCCCUUGGGGCGGCAGUUUCAACAUUAAAGGAAUUGCUACCGUUGGCCCCUUUUUGGAUAUCACGGCCCAGUUGCAGUCGCUAGCGACGCUCUCCGGCAGCCUAGUCGGCGAAGUGCUCAUCGCGACCGACGAACCGCAGGUCUUCAUGUACCCAACAUCCCUCGGGGUAGAGCCGGAUCCCAAGUAUUUCAGCAUAUACAACAUCAAGGAGGCGACAAAAGCGAGUGCCGGCGUCGAGGCUAACGUGGCGGCCGAGGGCCACGUCGUAGUCAAGCUCGACCAGAGCGCCGCUUUCAAGAUCCAGGUGCAUUUCCUCUCCAGCGACCUCGUAAAUACUGACAUCCGCGCAACGUACUCCAACUCGAUGAAUCUGGGCAUCGGAGCAGGCGCGUCCUCGGGAAGCGAUAAGUGCUCCGGCAUUUGGUACUGGAUGAACUGGGCGAGCAGCGUGACUCUCAAGAUGUUAUCGCCGCUGCCUAACUGGGCCGGGGGCAACGUCAACAACAAGCUCUUCGACACCCAGGUCGAGAUCAUCUCAAAGACGUGCUACAGCUGGUCCGAGUCCAAGGACAGAAGGGAACUGUCGCAGCUCACCUCCGACUACAGCGACAAGGCCAUCUCCAACGCCAUCUUCAAUGCCACCGUGAUCGACGCGAUGCUGGUUCGACGCGCCGACGUGGACGACCAGAACCCGCUAUUCCCAGACCCUGGCGGCUCAUGCCUCCGAUGCGCCACGGACACGAACACGCCGCUGGGCGAGUGUGACACGAGCUUGUAUGGUGACGACGGCAGCGAGCCCCUUGAUUGCCCCGACCCGAGCACAUCCGCCAAGAGGACGUUGGAAGGCGUCAUGGAACGGGGCCUGAUCCAGAAGCGUGGGAAAAAGGGCCAGUUCGGCAUCUGCAAAGGGGUUUUCAGCAUCGGUGUGAAUGGAAUCUCUUUCCCGGACUCCAAAGCCUUGGUCGCCGAUGGUGCUAAGGAGCAUCCCGUGUUUGGAUCUUGGACCACGUGGGCGCCCGAUGACCGGCCAGACUGCGACAACAUGGGGUUCAACCAGCAAAGCAACCCAGCCCCAGGAGAUGUCGACACAUCCAAAUAUGGCACGGAACAUAUUCUUGAAUGGCAAAUUCUCCAAAGGUUCCUUCAGAGCCUCGGCAGCAACGACCCGGCCGUGACCUACGACAACUGCGCAUCCGACGAUUUUAAGAAGGCGUUCCCGAAUAAGUCCUGGAAUUAUGUACGUGACAGACAGACGUGGACUAACUGCGAGCACCUCAGAUUCUGGUGGGGCAGCAAGGCUAUCCCCGUCCCCUGGUACACCAGCGCGGAUGUACAGUUUACGCCCAUGAGUAUCAUGGGGCAGGCUAUUCCCAACAGCGAGAACUCCUUCGACGAGUUCCAGCUACUAGACUCAAUAAUCAAUAGCGCGAAACAAGCGGCUUGGUCUUUUACGUACCAGGAAUAUAUCCAAGAUUAUUCAAAAUGUAUCAAGGCAAAGAACUGGGCCGCGGCCAUGAACAAGGUCCGGUUCACCAUCUGGACACUGAAAUAUACCAAGGCUACAGAAGCCAUCUUCAAGGCACAGGCAACAAGAGUAGGGGACUGGCUUGACAAAUCAGAAAACGCACUUGCCGCUGUUAAAGACACGUCAUGGAAUAAGUGCCAGUACAAGAAGCUAGACCUCGGGGACAAGUGGCGCAGGUUCAUCUACAGCCACACGAAUACAGUCAUCGACAGGUUCACCGAUAACAUCAAGGACGGCAUUAAGGCUAUCGAAAAGGCGCUCAAUAUCGACGACGACGGCGAUACAGAUAUGGGGGGGACCACGACGGGGGCGUCAGAACAGAAUAAGGAUCUGUUGGACCGGCUUGAUAAAAUCAAGGAUUUGUGGAACGAAGUAGGGGCGUGGACCAAUCCUUUACCAGCCGAAUGGGUGUAG